AUGAAGGUGAUUGAGACAGUCAAGGAGUAUUCUGAAAAGCUCCUUAACAUAGCCAAUAAAGUCAGGCUGCUAGGUUCAUGUCUAGUAGAUUCAAGGAUUGUGGAGAAAAUCCUUGUAACAAUACCUAAAAGGUUUGAGGCUACCAUCACCACCUUAGAGAACAUGAAGGAUAUGCCAAAUAUUACUCUGGCAGAACUCUUAAGUUCUUUACAAGCACAAGAACGAAAGCGUGUAGUGGGGCAAGAAUGGGCCGUCGAAGGUGCUCUACCAGUUAAGCAUCAAGAUGAUGGAAUGAAUAGGAGGCCAAAGAACAAAAAAGAUUCAUGCUACAAGUGGAGAAAACUCUGUAUUUGGGAACAAAACUGUAAGUACAAAAAUCAACAACAAGGAGAUGAAGCACAAGUGGCAAAUCAAAAAGAAGAAGAUCAGCUUUUUGUUGCAACUUGUUUCACUAGUCACAAAACAAGUGAAAGCUGGCUUAUUGACAGUGGUUGCACUAAUUAUAUGACACAUGACAAUGAGUUGUUCAAAGAACUGAAGAGUACCGAGUCUAAGAAGGUCAGAAUUGGGACUAGUGACUACAUUGUAGUAAAAGGAAAGGGCACUAUAGCCAUUACAAGCUGUUCAAGUACCAAGUUCAUUACUGAUGUUUUAUAUGUAUUUGAUAUUGAUCAAAACCUGCUUAGUGUUGGCCAAUUAGUAAAGAAGGGAUUCAAAGUGAAGUUCAUGGAAAAGACAUGUAUGAUAGAGGAUGCUUUAGGACAGAAGAUGUUUGAAGUUAAGAUGGCAAGAAUGAGUUUUUCCCUCAAUCCAAUGCAGGAAGAGCAAUCAGCCUUUCUAAGCAAAGAAAGUCUCACAAUGUUGUGGCAUAAAAGGUCGGACACUAUCACCAUCAGGGGAUGCUACAGAUGA